CCAGUCCCCCCAGCUCAGCUUCAACACCUCUUUCGCACCGAGAGGAAAAAGGAGAAAAAGCAACGCUUGCAAGCUUGCCGCCACCAAUCACUUCUCCCUCCCUCUUAUCUCCUCACCUUCCCCCUCUGUUAUCGCUCUGCUUCUCUGCUUGCCGUGUACUCGUCCGGUUCCUGCACGAGUCAGACGCAGAAGUUGCAGCCUGCAGCGAUGGCCCUGCAGGCCCCGACGUCGUCUCUGCUGCGCGCGCCGGCGACGCCGUCGUCGGACCGGUCCGCGCGGCUCCGGUCGUCGUUCUGCGCGCCGUGGUCGGUGCGGCUGCCGGCGCCGUCGCCGUCGCGCCUUCGGCUUGCCACGGCCGCCACGGCGGCGCGGAUCACGAUGCGCGUCGCGUCCAAGCAGUCCUACAUCUGCCGUGACUGCGGCUACAUCUACAGCGACAGGACGCCGUUUGAGAAGCAGCCUGACAAAUACUUCUGCCCCGUUUGCGGAGCUCCGAAGAGAAGGUUCAGGGCGUACCAGCCGGCGGUGUCCAAGAAUGCAAACGCCACCGACGUCCGGAAGGCGAGGAAGGAGCAGCUGAAGAAGGACGAAGCCAUCGGGCAAGCCUUGCCGAUCGCCAUCGUCGUCGGGAUCAUUGCCCUGGCCGGCCUGUAUUUCUACCUGAACAAUUCCUACAAUUAGAUGAAGGAAUACAAGAGAGGAUGAUCAAUCGGUGGAGGGGGACAGUAAUCGUUUAAGUUUUGCCGGUGUUUUUGUCGUUGCAAAUGUGGUGCAAUGUUGCAUACUACUAGAGCUCCAAGAUACAUUACUGAAAAUUUAAACGUGUGAACUGUCAACUGCAAGAGAUAAAUCAUAUGUGAGCUCAACAAA